AUGAUGGAAGAUCUUAUGCGGCCUAUCGGCCAGCAAGACGAACUCUCGCGUCGUCGCAGCCCAUCCCCCACCCAGCGCUCGGACUCCCCGCCGCUGCAUCUGGCUCGCGACAAUGACCGCUCCAUGCGCUGGAACGAGAAAGCGCGCAACGAGCGCGGAUUGCAGCCGAUGCGCGACGUGAUCCUGCUGGGCCUCGACGUGGACGUGGACGCAGAAAAGCUCCGCACGCUCAUCACGUCGCUUGCGGACCAAGUCGGCGCGCGCCUCGCCGUGCCGCCUCAAGACGUCACUGUGAUUCGCGACAGGAAUACGGGCAUGUCGAAAGGGUUUGGCUUUGCCAAGUUCGAGACGCUCGAAGACGCCAAACGCUUUGUCACGGUGCACGCACCGUUUAUCAGCAAUGCCGAGCAUUGGCUCGGCCCUGCGCCCGGCGAUACCGAUGGCAAGAUACGGCGCAAGCGCAUCAAGGUCGACUACAGCAACAGCGAGCGCCCCCAAGGAGGCGUCUCGUACUAUGAGCAGCACAAUGCACCGGGCUGCAAAGAGCAACAGAAGCGGCGCACGCGGCGCACGCGCGGAGGCGAACACGAGCAGGUGGAUACCAAGAACGAAAACCCAGGCCUGCGUGACGCCUCUGCAUUCCCAACUUCCAUGCUUCUUCUCACGAAUGUCGAUCGGGAGCUGCGCGCCGCCGAGAUUGGCACUGCAUUGUACAACCUGCCGCUUGCGCCGUUGGCUGUCCCGAUUGCGAAUGCACUGGCGAGUGCGCUUGCGCAGCUGGACCAAAUUCUUGUGGUGCGCGACCGCGCAACAUACCGCUCCAUGUCGCACGCCGUGGCCGUGUUCAAGGACAUGGACGCCGCGCGCGCAGUGCUCGACACGAUGCGCAACACAACUAUAUUCCCCGACGGAAUUGUGCUUGGCGGCCAGCGUGUGCGCACGAGCUUUGCAGACCCAAUUGUAUUCGAAGAAGCGGAUCCGUACGACCCUACCUGUGCCCCGUGGACGUAUACCGACGCCGAGCAGCGCAUCUGGCGCUACGAGAACGAGCGCCUGGGCCUGGAAAUGUGGGAUGCCAAGACAUACACGCCUGCAUCGUCCUCGGCGAUGACAACGCCUGCCUCCACGCCGCGCUCCUCGAUUUCGACCGAUAUCCUUUCCAGCAGCGUUGAGCAGGAACGCAAGUCGAGCAUCGAUGGCGUGCUUACCACGCUCAUCACACUUCCUCCGCCGCACGCCGCACUGCGUGGCAUAAACUUUGGCGACAAGGAGCGCCUGGUUUGCCUUCUCUGCCAGCGCCAGUUUAAGAACGCAGAGCUGUUGGCCCGCCAUGCGACGGAAAGUGGACUGCACCGCACCAACCUGGACGACGAGCACGCCUGCCGUGCAGGCGCCGCGCGUGUACAAGCCAACCAGUAUAUGCAUAUUAAGGAAAACGCAGCAGUGCCUUUUUUUGCACCGCACAAACACCCCGGAACCACCGCUACACGCAAAAUACCCUCGCAGUCCGCUGAAUUGCGCAGGCUCGCAUUGCAGCCCAUGGGAUGGAAUGUCGGCGCGACCGACUCCGUGCUCAACCCAACCACGCUCUCCUUCAUUACACGCGCCAAUGCAGAGCCCUGGGCACCGAUGCAUGUACAAAGAGCACCAGUUUCUACAAUGUACCCCCCUUAUGUCUAA